AUGUAAUUUGGGUAAAAUGGUCCUAGAAUGAAUUAGCAGCCAGGAGUUGCAGGAUUAGGAGCAUAAAGAAUAUAGCAUGAUCCCUUUGCCUUUAGAGGAGGCCCUGUUUAACCUUCUGCUCUUGAAGAAACAAUCUAGACUCAAAUGAAUUCAGUUGCUGGUAACCUUAUUAAGAAUUAUGCAAUGAAUCAAUUCAAUUAAACUGUUGGAGAUACUAAAUCAUAUAUGUCAUUCUUUUCAUUAGACAGUAUAAAGGAGUUCUUCGAUGUGAAUAAUAGCUAUGUAUUGAAAAAACUCAGAAUUAUACUAUUCCCAGUCACUAUAAAAGGAGAGGCAUGGAAGAGAUAAGUGGGAGGAUAUGAUUUUAACAAUUAGGAAUUGCCACCAAGAGAGGAUCCACAAGCCCCUGAUCUCUAUAUACCUCUGAUGUCAUUCGUAACUUUUAUUCUGAUUACUGGUUUCUAUUUGGGAAAUAUUGGAGGGUUUGAUCCUGAAGUUUUAGGAUAUAUCUACACUAAGUCUAUGUUCUUAUGGUUCUUUGAGACAACAAUUUAAAAAGGCUGUUUCUACUUCCUUGGCUUUGGCAACCCAACAUUCUUCGAGCUGCUUUGCUAUACUGGCUACAAAUUUGUGAAUUUGACAAUAAUCAUUAUGGUCCAGUCAGCUUUCGGAUACUAUGCCUCUUAUUUGGCUUUUUUCCUGACUUCUAUAAUGUUUUUCUACUUCUUUUUUAAGACCAUGAACCGCUUCUAAAGUGGCAACACUCUUGCAGAUCAUAUCAAAGAGUCAGGAGGUUUCAACAAAAAAUCCUUUUUGCUAGUCAACUCCUUAGCCCAAGUUGCUCUCAUUUGGAUUUUAUCUGUUAAUUGA